AUGGCUGCUCGAAUCGGUGCUUCCUCGAUUCGAGGUUUCCGGACAAAGAUGGCGGCAAGCUCUCCCUCAGUCUCACAGACGCGUCAGAUCUCCUUCUCUUCUUACCUGGUCACCCCGACGGAGCUCAACGAAGCUCUCAAAAAGAACCCGACAUCGAAGAUUUCUACCUCUCCCCGCGUGAUUCCUCUGUGCGCUGCUUGGUUCAUGCCCAACGAUCCAGAGAAUCGCAAUGGCUUUGACUCUUUUCGACAGUCUCGAAUUCCCCACGCUCGUUUUUUCGACCUUGAUGCGGUCAAAGAUCAUGAUUCGCCUUACCCGCACAUGCUUCCGACAUGUGAGACCUUCGCUGAAGCUAUGAGUGAGCUCGGUAUCCGCCGUGAUGAUGAGAUCGUUGUCUAUGAUACUGCUGAAUUGGGGAUUUUCAGCGCCCCUCGAGUGGGGUGGACAUUGCGUGUCUUUGGCCAUCCAAACGUUCGCGUUCUGAACAACUACCGUCUCUGGGUCCGUGAAGGAUUCCCGACUGAGAGUGGAGAGCCUGACCCGAUCGAGAAAAGCAAAUACCCACUGCCAAUCUACGAUUCUAAACUGGUCAUUACGUUCCGUGAAAUGAAAGAACUCGCUUUGGACGUCGGGAAGGAAGGCGCAGAGGAAGUUGAGGUUCUGGACGCUCGGUCACAUGGUCGCUGGUCUGGAUCAGACCCUGAACCGCGCCCCGGUCUGUCGUCGGGUCACAUUCCAGGCUCAAAGAGUUUACCUUUUCAGGAAUUGCUGGACCCCGAAACCAAGACUUAUCUUCCGGCAAAGGAGUUGCGGAAGGUCUUUGAAAAGCACAAUGUUGAUCCUUCCCAGUCGAUCAUCAGCUCUUGUGGGACCGGAGUCACAGCAAGCGUCAUUGAGACCGCUCUCAGCGUUGCAGAUUAUGGCCCAGCCCAUCUUCGCCGGGUGUAUGAUGGCAGUUGGACGGAAUGGGCUCAACGGGUCAAGGCCUCAGAUAACCUGAUCAGAAAGAUCUAA